AUGCCCUCCCUGACGCAGCAAGAGCCGAUGGUUUGCACUUCGAAAAAGCGGAGGCGGGAGGAGAAAGACAGCACAGAGCCCGAAGAAAAUCGUCAGGUGUACAAUUCGGCUGUACAAUACAAGAUAGCUACGUCCUUCCCCCGGCAGCACAACUAUCAAGCCGUCGAUCACGCCAUUCUCAUGACGAACGGUGGCCAGCUGCUGCACCAGGACGGACAUUCCCACAAUGCUUUCUUUGCGAGGAGGAGAUUAGUUCCACUUCGGACCGCUACAAAGAGGCUUCGUAUGGACGGCGAGCCUACAGACGAGGAUCACAAUUUAAGCCGAGGCCAACAUUGCCGGAUAAUGGCGGCUGCUCAUCCACAAUUCUCGGCCACUUCCACCGGCAAGAUCGACCUCAGCACCAACGCACGCCACAUAUAUUCUUGCGCCUUGUCACAUAUGUCAACGACGGCCCACGAAGAAAUCGGACUUGGACUCUUUUGCCGACUGUGA